AUGAUUACGGACAUUAGGUGGGGAGAGGAUAGAGGUAAAGCCCUCAUCUCCAUCAUUGGAUUCUCUUCUGUGCAUGUCUCUGAACAUGUUGGUUUCGUUGGUAGCAUUUGGUUGUUGUGGAAUAACUCUGAGAUUCAUUGCAACAUCCUCGCCAAAUCUUUGCAGGAAGUCCAUGCUUGGAUUCAGCUUGUGUUGCAGGCUCCGGUUGUGAAGAAGUACCCAGCUCGACUUUCGGUCACGUCUUACCAGUGUUUCUUUGGGGUGAUACAGUUUUUGGUUAUAGCUGCGUUCAUAGAGAGAGACCCACAAGCUUGGCUUGUUCACUCUGCUGGAGAGUUGUUCAGCGUCGCCUAUGCGGGAAUAGUGGCAUCAGGGAUAGCAUUCGCUGUACAGAUAUGGUGUAUUGACAGAGGUGGCUCGGUGUUCGUGGCGGUGUAUCAACCUGUUCAGACUUUGGUCGUCGCUAUCAUGGCCUCCCUUGCUCUUGGCGAAGAGUUCUACUUGGGAGGGAUCAUUGGCGCUGUGUUGAUCAUAGCAGGGCUGUACUUCGUCCUGUGGGGUAAAAACGAACAAAGAAAAGGUAAUCCGAGGGUCCAGAGAAGGGUUUGGAUUGAUGAGAGGAAAAGUGGGAUCCAACGGUUGUGAUCGGAUCUGGUGCUGCGGUGGUGAAGUGUUGUUGAAGAAUCUGCCAUUGAAGAAGAAAUUAGGAAAAUCUGGGUUUGUCCGGCGGGCGGCCAAGG